AUCAGUAGUCAUCGUCAUAAUGCAUUGAAAUUGCAGAAAAAAGGUGAAAUAUUAAAAAUAAAUAAUAAAAGAAUUUUUUUAUCUGUAAACUUCAAACGUUCGUCGAGUUAUCGUGUGUCAUUAUUGCUAUCAAGCGGCUAAGUAUAAGACUAAAUAAGUUCAAUGAGUGUUUUAUUUAGUUUACUCUUUACUCUCACUUACUAAUAUUUUUUAUUUAUUCAUUAUUCUCUUAUUAUUGUUAUUAUUAUUAUAUUCUAGUUUAAAUUAUAUUAGAAAUAUAGGAGUGGUGAAAGGACUGAAUUGUGUUAAAAUUUUCUACAUUUUAAUUAUUGGAGAUCUGUUGUUAUUCAGAAAUUUUAUUUCAUAUUUGUGUUAAGUCAUCGUGGAUAUACACGCAUAUAUAUAUACGUUGUAAAUUAUUAAUAAUUAAUUAAUGAUGACGACUGAAGAAAAAUUCGAUGCUGCUGUUAAUGUUAUCAGGAAUCUACCGAAAAAUGGUGCUUAUCAGCCAAGUCAUGAGUUACAAUUGCGUUUUUACGCUUACUACAAACAAGCGAUGGAAGGACCAUGUCAACAGCCAAAACCAGCAUUUUGGGAAGUUGUUAAAAAAGCCAAAUGGGAUGCUUGGAUGAAAUUAGGAAAUAUGAGCCGUCAAGAGGCUAUGAACAAUUAUGUUGAUGAAUUAAAAAAAAUUGUUGAAACAAUGUCUUACACCGACAACGUCGCCAAUUUUUUGGGCAGCUUAGAUUCAUUUUAUGAAAGUGUACCGUCUGAAGAUUUAGAAAUGCUCGUAGGCCCAGUUAUUGAACGUAUGCGCUCACAACCUGGUUCACCAUUAUCUGGAUCACCAUUAGGUUCUAGAGAAACGUCACCACAAAGAGUACGCAAUUCAUCACGUCAUAUUACUAGUAGCUUGGAAACAAGUCCUGCGAGUAGUCAUAGUGCAAGUCCACUACCACCUGAUAGUGAUGGUGAUGAAGAAGAAGAAGAAGAGUUUAAAGAUACUUUAGAGUCGGCACCUAUAGAAAAAUCAUUCAAAGAAUCAAAGUCUUCCAUUGGAAAUGGACAAUCAAAAAAAAAUAUCGGGGACCAAGUUAAGUUAAUAACAAUACCAACAAGUUUACCAAAUGGCUACGCUAAUAACAUUAAUGAAGGGAAAUACCAUCUGAUAAAUAAUGAAAAACACAAUAAUCAUGACCGCAGCAGAGCAAGAGAUAAAAAACAUGAUAAAGAUCAUCAUGAAGAAAUAAAAAAUGAACUAAUAAAUCAAAUGGCUGAGACAUUACAAAAUUUACAAAAUGAUUUGGACAGGAUAACUGGUCGUGUUAGAAGUUUAGAAGGACAAAAUUUACAACUACUCACUCCCCAAACGGAACGAUCAAAUAUUUAUCCAAGAUGGUGGCCCUUAUCAGAUUGUUCACCAAGAAUCUUAGCAUUAAUAAUAUUGUGGCCGUUUGCAGCUCAAUUUGCUAUCAAUAUCAUUCGACGUUAUCGCCAACAAAGAAUGUGAUCUAUUUAAUUACCGAUAAAUAUUUAAAUUGUUUAUUCAGCUAAACUAUGUCUCGAUCACACUUUGAAGUAGAUUAAAUUGUUUUUAUAAUGAAUUUUAAGCUGAAUUCAAAUUAUAAAAUAUAAUAGUUAAUAAUUGUUUACAUAAGAGUAAAAAGUAUAAAUACGAGUAAGAAUUUUUUUAUGGAGAUAGGUGAUGUAAAAAUUUGUUUCUUUGAUAAACUGCAAUUAUUUGUAUAUAAUGAAAAUUAAUCAUAAAAAAAAAAUUAGUAAUAUAAUAUUGUUCCUCGAAUUGCUCAAAUUGUUAUUGACAAAGCUCUGAGGAAUGUCAAUUUACACGUUAGCCAAAAUAUUAAAUUAAUAGAAAAACAAAUUGAGGAUUAAUGAUAAAUUAUCUUUGAGACUUUAAAUAUUUAAUAAUAAAUUGAUAAAUUGUACAAAGCAAAUACUAUUACAUUCGUCAAUAUAUUUUUUAAUAUUAGUUUUUUUAAUUUUACGCUUUUAUUUUUUUAUAAGUAUAAUUAUGAACUGUUGAUGGAAGAUUAUUUUUCAUGAUAAAAUUUUUAUUUUAU